UGAUGUGAGCACCAUGCAUUUCUAUUCGACUCCUGCGCCUUCCAAAGAGGUGGAAAAUCCUCUCGUUCCUUCUCGGAGAAAACUCAACGUCGGCGCUCUUCAUCGAGUUUUCCACCGAACCGAAUGCGAUACGAAAGGACGGAAAAUCAAUGCACACCGUGCGUUGCCGAAGUUUGACAGCAUCUGCUACGAAGCUCCGAUGAGUGGGUAACGUCGACCGCAGUUCCGUGUCCAAUGUCGACUCGCAAAUUGUUCGAAAGCCUUGUUCCUUUUGUGCUGCCGAGGACUCUUCAGUCAUGUGUUUAACGUUCGUUAGAGCGGAUAUAAUACUCGUUCGCUUGGAAGGACACGCGUUCGGUGUGAAGGAAUUCAGUGGAUUGAUAAAAAAAAAUAGCCUCAUCCCAAGAACGUGCAUCGCUGUUACGGAUGUGGCCACUGCGGCUAAUUCCCAUAUCCGAAAUGUUGUGUUGCCAAAUGAUGUGUAGCUUGCAGCGAAAGGUCUGAAGUGAUUCUCUGGGGGUGGUUGGAAUUCUCUGUAGUGGAUUAGGAUUAGUGAUUUCUCUGGUGAGCCGCAGCGAGUGUUUGCGCAUUCAUUUCGAUGCAUUAGUUGAACGCUGUAGUGGCUUGAGAAGCAAGGUCGUGAUAUCCGUUCGUCGAUACUAUGUGCAAGUGUAUCCCAAGGAUCUGAUGCAAACGAAAAUAAAUAAAAAUCAAUUAACAAUCAUGAAUUAAGGAGGCCGCAGAAUCAGUGGAUUGGCACGGAGAAGGAUUUGCGUGUCUUCGUGUAUGCGUACGUUGGGCCAGGGUUCAUACAGAAUCAGGAUGUGAGCAUGCCGAUGACCUGGUUCCUUGAGCUUCCACCUGUUCGGCUAACGGCGCGGCGGUUUGCGGUGGCCAUUCGUGACGUUGACGGCACAGUUCAAGGUGUUCUACAAAAGAGUGCAGUGUGCAGUGUGGUGAAGCUCAUACAUACAUAGAAACAAGCUGAAACCCAUCAACCCAUAAAAGUUCAGUUCAGUUGAUUUUGCGCUGGAAUAACAAUCGAAAAUACUCUGCCCGGCCAAGCAAGCAAGGAAAUAACCGGGCCAACGCGACGCGGGUGCGAAAAUCAAAGGUGGAAAACAAAAGGUGAAAAUAAUUUUCUGCUGCCGUAAUUGUGACCUACCUUCCUGCCUACCUUUCCAAUUUGUGGUGCGGCUAUGGAAGGCGCCCGUUACCGUUGUGGUGCUCGAAAGGAAAUUUAACCGAAGGAAGGGGAAACCGACCUAACGAAUUAUCUCAUUUGUGUGAAACGUGAUCGAAGACAAGCAACAGGAAAAUUUGUGUCGAUAAAGUGGGCAUUAGUAUCCAGUUUGAAAUUAAUUAGGAGCAGAAUUUCGCAGAAACGGCGGAUCAGUGCGGGUGAGGAUUUAUUUCUACAGAAAAACUCCGACUGGAAGGAUCGCUCUUGGCGUUGAAUGUGAUUUGAAUGAGCGGUUGACCGUAGUCUCGUAAUAGUGGAACCAUAAGUGCUAGAGAGGAAUAAUAACCAUAAGCGCGCGUCUAGCGCUAGUGCUGGUGUGAAAAAGCCAAGAAGGGCUGCGGAAAAGCAAGUGGCCAGAAAGAUCCCCAAAAGCGUCGGAAAAAAAGUUUAAAAGUAGCUCUUAAAAAUUAAUUUAGCGCGAGCUGGCUUUCAGUGUAGUGGUGCAAUUAUUCUGAAUAAAAUAUGUGGAAACGGGGCUUCCGCGACCUAACGACGCUAAGCUGCGCGACACUGCUGGUGACGAUGAUGCUGAUGCUGCUGCACCUGGCCACCGAAUCACGAGCACAGAUAGACUGGGCUGAGGACGAUGACGAUCCAGUAUCGACAACGACGGUGGAAGCUGUGCUUGGUCGGACAACGUCACUGCCCUGCGACAUCACACCAGACGAAGCCAACGAUCGCGUCUAUAUGGUUCUGUGGUUUCGAGAGAGUGCAGGGAAACCCUUGUAUAGCUACGAUGUUCGGGGGAGACAAUAUGCGAAAGCACUGUACUGGUCAGAUGGUGCCGCGUUUGGACCGCGCGCGUAUUUUGUGACAGUGUCCAAGCCAGCAGCACUCACCGUGGAAAACAUUCAACUAGACGAUGAAGGGGUAUACCGAUGUCGAGUUGAUUUUCAAAAUUCCCCAACACGAAACCAUCGAAUAAACCUCACUGUAACAGUUCCUCCUCAUCAAAUAUUGGUUUACGAUGCAUCUGGUCGAGACGUUGCUGGAGCGAUAGGCCCUCUCCAAGAGGACGAAAAUCUGAUACUGACUUGUGAAGUCAGAGGAGGUCGACCGGAACCAACCGUAACGUGGCUGAAUGGAGACGAAGUGAUGCAAACAGGUGGCGGCGUGUCAAUGGGACGCCAUGUGACAGUGAAUCGCUUGGAGAUACAUAAAAUAACGCGUGCAGCGCUGAACAACACGUACAAAUGUCAAGCUUCGAACACGAUCCUGGUGCCCCCGGCCGAACGGAGUGUCCGAGUGGAGAUGCUGCUAAAACCAGUUUCAACGUCUCUGUCGUUCAAACCCAAACAAUUAAUAGCAGACCAAGAGUACAGCUUAUCCUGUGAUGUAGAAGGAUCAGUGCCGGAUACCGAGAUUAGGUGGAUGCAAAACAACCGUGUCUUCUCGAAAGGAUAUAAUAAAACCCUCACCAACAACUCAGUGGUAACGUCUGUCCUCACAUUUCGACCGAAACCAGAAGACGAUGGAACUAUCCUUAAAUGUGAAGGUUCCAAUCCCAGGCUACAGAGUUUUGUGCUGGAGGACUCUGUCAUCAUGAAUGUCAUGUAUCCACCGCAAGUGACACUAAAGCUCGGAUCCACGCUGAAUGCGGAAGACAUCAAGGAGGGCGAUGACGUCUACUUCGAGUGUCACAUUAAGGCAAAUCCGAGGGAACACCGCAUUACAUGGUCUCACGAUGGUUUACCAGUGACACAGAAUGUGACAUCGGGGGUGAUUAUUUCGACGCGUUCCCUGGUGUUGCAACGGGUCGGACGAUACCAUUCUGGCAUGUAUGCUUGUUCCGCUGCCAACGACCGAGGCGAGACCCAGAGCGAGCCAACGGAGCUGAAGAUCCACUUUGCGCCGGUUUGCGCCUCCAGCAGUAUCAUGAUCGUUGGUGCAUCGCUGGACGAGCGAGUUCCGGUUCCGUGCCAUGUAGUGUCCAACCCACGGGACGUUUCGUUCGACUGGAACUUCUCCAAUAGUGGCGAACGCUUCGAGGUAACUAGUGGUCAAUUUAAUCUGCUGCAGGAUUUUCACUCGUCAAUCGGAGACAGCGACGAGUUCGGGGAGAGCCCUUCCAUGUACGGCGGUUCGGAAGAGAAUUUAGAAACCAUUUACGAAUUGCUCUACACCCCCAAAAGUGAAAGAGAUUACGGCACGUUGGCUUGCUGGGGGAAAAACUCGAUUGGCAAGCAACUUGAACCGUGUCUGUUUCAGGUCGUUCCCGCAGCAAAACCAGCCCCGUUGCGCAACUGCACCCUCCGGCCCUACUCAACGUUACUGGCGGCACCGCACGGUACUACAUCUAAUUCAUCUGCAGCGUCAGCAUCUUCGUCUUCGUCGUCGACAUCGUUUUACUACGGGUCGCCUGGCAGCAGCAGUGAUUUGGAAACGGCCGCCGCAGCCUCGGUGUUGUCGUCGUCAAACGGAGUCCCCACCAUAGGUCAGCAUUAUCGAGAAUCUAAUUAUAUCAGCACACAAUUCGUUAAAGAUCGGAACGUGUCAAACGAGCGAACGAAUAUUACAAAAUUUAAUCAGAAAAGUACGUUUCACGGUAGCACUGAUGGUGGUGACACAGUACUGAGAAGACGUGAACAGAUCAAACAGAAAAAUACCACCCACGGAUACGACAGGAUGAGCAACAAGAUGGGAAUGAGUGGCAGCCAUGGAAGAAUUAGUGCACCUAGUCAUCACAGGGUGGGAUUGACCUCCGAUGAAACCGAUGAAGACGACGAAGGAGACGAAAGAGGGGAGCCACGGGUGGCGGCUCAAAUAUCGUCAGCGCUUGCAGCAACAUCCGCAUCGGGAGAAGUGACAGGAUCAGCAGCAACAUCCGGUUCGUCUAGUUUUUCGCCAUCAACAGGAUCGUUCUCGUCAUCUGAUUCGUUCUCGGCAUCAUCGUUCUCAUCGGCGUCGACCACCAGCGAUGAGGAGAAUAAGAGAAAAACAAUUUCGGAUAAUGAAAGAACUAGCAGCAUGAAUUUGUUUAACACCGUAACGCUAGUCGAAGAGAGCUUCCAAUCUAACUCCUAUUCGACUGUUGGUGCAGGAAAUCGUUUUCAAGCGGCCAGAACUACACCCGAUGCUAAUCACAGACUGGCGAAAAGAGAGAAACGUUUUAAUGAAAAUCUAGAAAAUGAAAUAAAUAAAACACAUUUCGACGAUGAUGAUGAAAUUUUCAAUAGCACCACCAGUGGCAAUCAGGACGACGACGAUGGAAGCAUUAGAACUAUCCAGCCGGGUAGCAGCAGCAUUAGCAGCAGUAGUAGUAGCAUUAGUUCGAGUGCCGGUCCUAGUGAAAGGAAUAAUUAUCACAGCACGGCCAGAGAGCUACCGAUUGCAGCGAAAUUGAGAUCCGAUAAUAUUCGGUACAAUCAGUACCACUCGCUGGAAACGGGAGGCAGUGCGAGGCACACAGGAGCUGUCGGUUAUAAUCCUGGCACCGGUGUACAUCCGUUUAACCACUAUAUAGAAAGCGUUGAGAGCAGUGCUCCCACAACGAUGGAGCUCGAGUGUGUUGCCGGAUACGACGGAGGAUUGCCGCAGCAUUUUUUUCUGGAAGCCUAUGACUCGAGAACCCGCAAGCUCCGGCUCAAUAUCACAAGUGCACUUAGCGAUGUUCCGUUGUUUCGUAUUGAUCUAUCCGAGCUGAUCCCCAGCGAUUCCUAUACUCCAACUCUUCACCUGAUUGCGUAUAGUGUAAAUCAGAAAGGACGCUCGGAGCCAACGAUUCUCGAGGACAUAGCGAUUAAUGAAGCUGAAAAAAGGACAGACGGAAGCGAUGGCUUUUCAAUUCUCCCGCUUGCGGCUUUACUCACCGGAGCCUUGUUCACCAUUGGCAUCGCUGUCCUGCUGGUCGUGGUCUUGGCCAUACGGAGGAAACGUGACGGUCAUGGUACCGGUUUGUGUGAUGGCAAAGAGAAGCAUAUGGCAGGCAUGGAUAUCACUGUAACCACACCACUGGAAAUGGGAAUGGGUCAGCAGAAAUAUGUGGUCGCCUACACGCUGAAACAGGGCGUCGAAAAGCAGCCGGACAUAUUGAACGCACAGAAAACCCAAGGCUCAGCCAGUAUACAAUCGAUAAAGGACAUUCAGAAGAUGGGCUCCCCGGUGGGAAUAAGACCGGAUGCAUUGUGCAGUACAGGGACGACAGCAGGGGGUGGCAGCAUCGGAACAAAACAAAGCACAAUCUAUGCCACACAGACCUAUGACCAAAAAUCGACACCUUCCAGUAGGCAGAGCACGUUAAAACGGAAUGAUACUUCCAACACGUACAGUUUGCUACAGCAGCAGCAGCAACCACAUCAUCUCCAGAGUAAACCUCCUCCAGCUACCACCACUGGUUUACCACAGUAUUCAGCCAGCUACGCAUCUGGCGAAAGCGGGCUGUUAGACUACGACAAACCAUACGGCUAUUCAACACUCCAGUAUAAUCACAAUCCACCACCUCUGGUGGAUCCCUAUAGCUAUAAAAGCUCAACGACGGAUCCUACUGAUCCGUUGGACUACGACAAAAAUCUCGACUAUAGACUGCUUAACAUAUCCAACGAGAUUAAAAAUAGCUCCACCACCAACCAUAUCGAGUAUAGGAACAAUAGCCACAACAGUAGUAACAAUCUGCAAGCCGGUGUAAGCGGAAAUAGCGCAUGUAGUAAUAGGCCACACACAGGUAGCACAGGCGGAAGUGGGGGCAAUCCAGAGUACCGGUACUCUGGCUCCGAGUUUGCAACGGAUUUGAUGGAUUUCAGUAACGUUCCAUCACCAUCUUCUUCCACGAAUAUCGGAGCGACGCUGUCGAAAAAUCGAAACCGGCAGCACAUCAUCACCGAUACACUACCAGGACCGGAAAGUUGUGUGUAGAGCAGCUACACAGUAGGCUAUCAUUCUUGUAUAGUAGAGUCCCAGUAUAUUACGAACGGCAUACAUCUCCAGCGGAUGACGGCGCUUUUUGAAAUUGUCAUAUCAACAAUAACCGUUGUUAAUUACUAGUUAAAUUUUGAAAGAGUGUACGAGUGUUGCUGUGUUACGUUAAUUCGAGAUUAUUAUAGGACAAUUGUGUUCCCGCCGAACGAAUAGAAAGUCAUGUAUUUUAAUUGGUUUUAUAACUUGACAAGCGCACGAUAAAACAAAAAAAGCUCGGCCUGUUCCUCAGACUACAAAACAUCUUCCCAUAUCAUACGAAAAGUUAAGUGAGUAUUCGGAUUUGUUUUCAAGUUGUAAACAUAAAAUGAUAACACACGUGAUGUUAUCCUUCCCGUAUUUCAGACAGCUAGAAAAGACCGGGCACAUUUUCUCCUUUGUUGGUUACAACUAGAAAGAAAUUUAGACCGAAAUACUGCAAGGAUAUAUUCGCUUGUACGAAGGUGAUAACAUAUGGAAAGCUAAAAAUGUCUUCCAACCACGUAAUAUAGGAAACUGGUAUUGAACAAAUGCAUCCAAUUUAGGUUUUUUGAGGUUAUACACGUACUAGUAAGCUUAUGUGUACAGCUUAACAACGAAGUAUGCAACACGGCUCAUAAGAAUUUUUAGAGUAAUUUAAAUACAUUUUUUAGUUUUGUAAUAGAAUUUUGGUUAACAUGUUGAUUAAUCAAAUUUUUUGAAGGUGAAAUUUGUAAACUUUUGCCCUUUUUAUCUAACGGAUAUUAAAAAUAAAAGUUCAUACAGUUGGAUAAUGAGCGGCUUAAAAUACAAUUUAAUGUUGCAUAUAUUCGCAUAGUCGACGUAUACGCCACUGUAGUUUACAAUACACCUUAGUGAUUUUAACCCUCUAAUACCCAAAUUUUUGAUUUUGAUCUAAAUAUCAUUUUUCGUCAUCUAAAAUCGAUUUAAACAUGUUUUGGAAGAUGAUUCUUUUCAAUUCUCGAUUUCGUGAAUUUCAGUUUUUGAUUUUUCCAACUUUUAUUUUUGAACAUCCCUACACUUUUAUAUUUUUCCUGGAAGCCAAUUUGGGGAACGGAUUUUUUGAGAUGAAAACAUUUUGAGAUUUUAUGAUUAUUGUUGAAAUAUUAUUAUUUUCAUUUUUUUCACAGAGAAUUUUAUUUUCCGUGUAAUUUUAAGGAAAAUAGUUUUAGAGUGUAUUCGAUUCCCUUAAACUAUUAAACAAGGAUAGAAUGAUUUGGGAAAAAUUUAAAAUAUGUUGAUUGUAGCGAUUCAAUACAAAAUAAACAAUGACUUCUGAAAGGUGACUAAAACAUCAAUUUUUCAAUGAUUUUUAAAAAAUGUAAAAACGUUUUAAAAUACACCAAAAACCAUUUUGAGAUAUACAGAACAGUCCUCGAUAUCAGCCAAAAAUAUAUAAAAAAAAAAAAAUUUCACGAAACAAAAAUUACAAAAAUACUCAAACUAUACCCCGUCUAAAGGCGGGAUUGGGUAUUAGAGGGUUAACAAUGAAAAAUGCAAAGUUCAAGAUUUCUACUGCGUUGACAUAUGUAACACACUUGUCACGGAAGAGUCACGGCGGCGUAGGUUUUUAUUGCGCAGAAGUCACUGUGACUUACUUCCAACAAAUAAAUACUUGCUUGCUAGAAGUAAGUCACAGUGACUUUUGCGUAACAAAAACCUGCGCCGCCGUGACUCUUCUGUGACAAGUCUGUUACUUGGGAUUUAAAUGAAAGUUAGAUAUUGUGCUCUAUUGAACAAAACCGUUCACAAAUAUACACAUGCGUUAGAUACAGGGGAUUCUCAAAAUAACUGGGACAGGUAAAAUUUUCACUUUUCAAAAAAUGUUCAACUCGCUGUAACUUUUCGAAAAGUUCAUCAAAUAUUCUCAAAUUUUUACUGUAAGUUCAUCAACUAGUUGUGAAUCAGUGGUUCAAAUUAAGAAAAGAUCAGGCUAUUCUACACGAAGUUAUAAAGAUUCUAGAAAAAGGUAUAAUUAGCCGAUAGCCAACUUUGAGCUGCUAUAUCUCCGGAUUCAAUGAACCGAAUGCAAUGAAAUUUUGAUCAUUUAUGACUAAUAUAAUGAACUUUGAAAAGCAGUUGACUUAAUUUGAAAUUAUUCAUAAGAAAAAAAGUUAUAGCAAUUUCAUUUAUUCUAUGUUUUUUUAGUACAUUUAUCUAUUUUUCAUAUGCAUCCCAUUACUUUUUCAAUUUAAUGCGGGCUAUUUGGUUGCUUUCCUUUGAAACAAUAAUAUAUUCAAGUCAAUUAGAGGGAAUUUAAAUGAACUAUAAUUACAAUCUCGAAUUUUGAAACGAUGAUGAAGUUUUGGAUAAAUUGGUGUUAUAUUAGAAAAAUAAUCUAAUCGUUAUAAUUUUCUUUCGGGUAAGGAACUUUAGGUUUAGUCAAAUGUUUUAAUAGCUCAUUAUAUAAGUCAUAAAUAAUCAAAAUUUCAUUGCAUUCGGUUCAUUGAAUCCGGAGAUAUAACAGCUCAAAGUUGGCUAUCGGCAAAUUAUAACUUUUUCUAGAUUCUUUAUAACUUCGUGUAGAAUAGCCCGAUCUUUUCUAAAUUUGAACCACUGAUUCACAACUAGUUGAUCAACUUACAGUAAAAAUUUGAGAAUAUUUUAUGCCCUUUUCGAAAAGUUACAGCGAGUUGAACAUUUUUUGAAAAGUGAAAAUUUUACCUGUCCCAGUUAUUUUGAGUAUCCCCUGUAUAAGCUUGUGUAUGUGUAUUAGCGAUGGGAAACUGAUACAAUUUUGAGAGUGAAUCGCUUCUAAUUCACUUUCAAAAAAGAGUCGACUCUUUCGACCGAUUCAGUAACUCAUUUCCGUAUCUUGAUAAAAAAAUGCCAUUAUUUAUGUUGGCAGCCGACUCCUUUUUAAUAUGUCCAGUUUUCUAGGAAAUCAGCUCGCAAGGUAUGGACGUCGACUCAGCCGUCGACUCAGUAAAAUACAGGAUACACAGAUGUUCGUUCCUCCCUCCCACUAAAGAGUCGAAUCACUAGGGCGAUCCGCCCACACAAUUUACGAAUGAAAAAUCAACAAGUGGCAAAGAUUGCGAAGUUUCUGUGUCUAAUUAUCAAGUAUACGAAGUCAAUCCAACUAUUUUCGGCAAACUUGUUGUACUCGUUAUGAACUUCAGCGAAUCGUAACUCUUUUGAAAAGAAUUAUGGUUCACUCACUCGGUUUCGCGAAUCGGUUCUUCGAAUCGACUCGCGAGUGAGUUACCCAUGUCUCUAAUGUGUAUGCUGAUAUUGUCUAUUGGAAAGAAAACAUUUUCUGAUUUGCAUACACAAUAGCAAAUUUUGGUUACUAUCUUUGGAAUCCUGAUUGUAUAAGAAAUUUUACACAAAACUUGCUCGUAUUUUUUACUGCCGUUGUUUAGUUCAAGUAACUUCGCAGAUAGCCCAUAGAUUUUCUGUUGACUAAUUUUGGAAAUAAAAAUGUAAACAAUCAUGAUCCUCAUAACUAAAAAAAAUCAAGAUUAAUUUUAAAAUAAUCUCAUGACUGUUUAUUGUAAGAUUGCAAAGAUUGGCAACGAACGUCUGGUUUUACAGAAACUCAACAUGCUGUCUAUGAAUUUGCUUGAACUCAAUGAAAAUCAAAAAUACGCGCCAUACAAAAAUUUUUGAGUUGUCAUACAAAAAAUCUUACAAGGGGGGGAGGGGGUGUCGAAAAAUCGCUAAAAUUCCCUUACGUAAUUAAUGGGCAGCCCCAUACAGGUUAUUUUUAGUUCUGUACAUUUUUUUCAGCUCAAUCGGCUCAUAGACUCCAAAGAUAUAAAUUUUGUAAAAAUGGGUAUUUUGCAUGGAAAUCGGAAAAAAAAUCAAGUGAAUAACUUAAUUUUCCGAUCCCUCGCUCUCCACUUUUUUUCAGGGGGCAUGGCGAUCCAUUCUCCCGAAAGAGGCAACUCUGCUGCUUGCCCUUCUGUUCAUAUUACGGCAGGUUCAAUGCUGCAGCAUUCCGUCCGCAUAAUGUUUUUAAUGACACGGACACGUUUAGUACUUCCAAUGAGCUAUUCACUCUUUGAAAGAAGCACGACACUAGACAACGGACUAGCAUGCAACGCCCAGUGACACAGCCGAAAAUUUUUCCUGACAGCUGCGGCGGGAAUCAAACCCGCGCUCCUAGUACGUUGCGACUAAAUGCUUGGUGACACUAGCCGCACGACCACGAAGCCACACACUUCUCUGCACUACUCGUUGAACUAUUCAUUCUUUCGACCGCAUUUCACUGACUCGAUGACGGCUCACUCUGGCAGGGCCGAUUUCUUCACCUCGGCUUACCCAAAUAGUUAAACCUGGUUUAACUCUUAAGUCAGGGUGAAGAAAUCGGCCAUUAGAGUGUUAAUGAUGGUAGCAGAGGUCAGGCUCAGCUGACAACGCUGUCUCGAGAUUCUGGGCGUAUGUUAAGGAUACAGCCACUUGCUUUAGUCAGUCUAGGUCGCACUCAGGUGUUCGUCGGUACCAUACAAUAUUGAUGACUAAUAGUUUUGAUCAUAACGAAGUUGAGGGAUCACCAGUUACACAUACCAAGUUUUGAAUUACAAGUUCUUUUUAGAAUAUGAGGUCGUUUUUAUUGCAUUGGAUCUGGUCUGUGUUUCUCACUUGAAAAAAAUGAGGUGUAUCAGGCAAUCAAGUCCAUUUUCAGUAAACUUAAGGUGAAGGUUGCCAAUGCCCACAUUCCAAACAACUCAUUUUGAUUUGCAUUUUAUCAAGCACAAAUCCGAAAAUUAAUUGAGCGCUUCAGUCUCAAAUCAGCACUUGGUGUUCAACAAGCAACGAGUAACAUUUUCAGAUCAAUUUGUUUGGUGGAUCUCCUGAUUUGUGCUCCAUAAAAUUCUAGUUAACAAAAGUCGGUUAUAAUGGCGGCCAUCUUUGCACUCUAACAUCCUAACAUCAUCUGGAGAGCUGAAUGUUACUAUAUCAAAUGUUACACUCUAAAGGGUAAUUAUUUGUUUACAAAUUUCACUCUCAACUGUUUGUUUUUUCUUCAAUAAUUUAAGUAAUUAAAUUAUUUAAUGAUGAUAUAAAUGAACGGCUCUAAAAUAUGUGUGCAUUUUUUUUUUCAAGCGUAUAAGUAAAGGUUAAAAUUGUACAUGUCAUAUCUAGAAACGUCAAUAUAGUGAUCCAACCUAUUCAUAUCUAGAGAAAAUAUAUAAUUUCUUACUAAAUAAAUGAACUGAACGAAAAACCUAAUAAGUUGCAUCAGAAUAGUUGAACAUCUAACAAACAAUCCAUCACCAACCCCAUUUGCUUGAAACGGACAAAUAUAUUUUUGUUAUUAAUUUCUAUCGUGUAAGUAGGAAAAUUAAUAUCUAACGUAAGACUAUAAGCAGAAGCUUUUUGUACAUAUCUUAAUCAAUCUGUGAAAAGGCCCCUUGAAUCUUCUACAAAACAAAAUGUAUAAAGAGUUGUACAAAAUACCGAUAUGUGAAGCAAACCAGCGAACAAGGUGACAUAAUCAGCUAAGUUGUAAGCUAUAGUGUAUCAAUCUCAUUGUAGCAGAUGAGGCAAUAAAAGUAAAACUUUGACGUUGGAAAAGCCGUGGCUGCCUGCUUAUAUGCAGGACUGUUCUUGUACAUACUGUACUACUAGUUGAAACCGUGGAAGGAGUGCUUCGAAGAUGAGGUGUCUAACAAGCUCUGAAUUACUGAAAUACACAAUGCGAAGUGGUGUUUUUAUA